GCUGGGGCGGAGGCUCCUCGCGACGCCCUCUGGCUCGGAGCUGUCGCCGCGGCCGCUCGCGCGGUGCCCGCGGCACGGCGAGGAGGAGCGCGCGGCGCCCACGCCGCAGCAGCGGUCGACGGCCCCGCGGGAGGCGGGCGAGUCAGCGCGGCUCGGGUCGGAGCGCCACCGCCAGGUGGGCGCGCUGCAGAACCUGCGGGCAGCGCUGUGCUCUAGGCGGCUCGAGUGCGAGGAGCUCAAGAGCGAGCAGGCCAGGCUGCGUCGGCUCCUGUGGGGCACCACCGUCGAGAUCCAGCGCGAGCACGACAGGUCCGCGCGGCCCGAGGCGGCCGCCCGCGCCGAGGCCGCGCGGCUCAGCGAGGACUGUGGGGCGCUGGCCGCGCAAUUGGCCGCGGCGCAGCUGCACACGCCCGCGCUGGUGUGUGCCAGGGCGAUCCCGGGGCUGAAGGUCGGUGCGGUGUGCCCCGCUCGCGGAGACCUGGAGGGCGUAGACGCCGCAUCCCUGCGCCCAGACGCGCAGCGGCGCGCGGCGGCCCUGGGCGAGGCCGCCGCCUCCGCGCGGCGGGCGGCGACGCGCGCGGCGGCCGCGGAAGAGGCGGCGCGCGCGGAGCUGGGCGGCCUGCAGGGGCAGUGCCGCCGGCUGCAGGCCGAGGUCCGAGAGCUGGAGGAGAAGUUCUGCACGGUGAGCCAGAGCUUCCAGCACGCCAUGGACGUAUCGGAGAAGGAGAACUGCGAGGUGGUGCGUAGCCUGCAGCCCGCGGCGGAGGCGUCCCAGCGCAGGGCGGAGAAGCAGAGGCGCAGGGUCGUCGCCGCGCGGGCGAGGCUGACCGUGAUCCGCGCCGGCGCCGAGAAGCGGCGGGCGAGGUUGCGCGAGACGGCCGAGGAGGCCGCGCGCCUCCGGGAGGCGUGCAGGGCGGCGCGCGAGGAGGCCGAGCUCCUCCAGGAGGAGCGGGCCCUCGAGGAGGCGGCGCGGCAGCGGGCGGGCGAGCGCGAGCUGCAGAUGCGCGGUGGCGCGAUGCCCGCCGUGGUGCACGAGCGCAUCCUCCGGCAGCAGGAAGCGCACUACCUCGCCCUGGCGAAGGACCUGGAGGAUGCCAUGGGCGUGGAGCAGCGGCUGGAGGCGCAGGCGCGCCUCGACGCGGAGGACGAGCUCCAGCGUGCGCGGGCCGCCGCCGCGGUCGCGGAGGACGCGGCCGUGGCCGCGGAGGCCCAGCGCGCAGCGCUCGCGCAGGGGCUGGAGGCCGCGUCCGCCCAGCUGGCGGACCUGCGGGCGUCCUUCGAGGCCGAGCGGCAGGCGAGGGCCGCGGAGGUCGCCGACCUCGGGGCCGCGCGUGAGCGGCUGGCGCACUUCCGCGGCGAGGCCCGGGAGCUGGGCGAGGAGCUGCGGGACGCCGAGGCGCUCGCGGCGCACCGCGAGGGGCUCGAGGAGUCGCUGGCGGCCGGGCAGGGCAGGGAGGAGAGCGUCUCGAAGAGGACCUCCUCAGACUCAGGAUUGAGCCAGGACGCCGCGCUGCUGCGGGAGGCGGCCGUGCUGCGGGACCAGACCACCGAGGCGGAGGUGCAGCUGCAGCUGAGCCGCUGCCAGGGCGACCAGCUGCAGAAGCAGCAGCACGCCGCGGACGGCCAGUGCGCGGACGGUGGCGCGCCCGCGGCGCAGCGCCUGCAGCGGCUGGUGCAGGCGCACGGCAGGCAGUUCAAGCUGGCCGCCGCCGAGCUGAAGGGGACGCUGACCGCGGAGGCCCGCUCCGCCGCGGCGGCGCUGCAGGCGGACGCGGCGCGGUGGCGUCCCCCGAGGCGGGCCGCCGCGGCGCGCGACGGCGCGGCUACCGCGAGGCUGGAGGCGGAGCUGGACGCGCUGCAAUGCAGGAGCGCCCGGCUGCGCGAGGAGGCCCGCGAGGCUGCGCGCGGCUCCGCCCUGCGCGCCAGGGAGGCUGAGGCCGCGGGGCGGGAGUCGCGCCUGGCGCGGGGCGCGGCGGAGGCGGUUGCGACGGCGCUGGCGGGGGUGCUGCCGGUCGGCGAGAGCGCCGCUUGGCGCUCCCUGCUGGCCUCCUGCGCUGGGCCUCCUGGAGCCGCGGCCGGGCCCUGCGCGGACACCAGCGCCCUGACCUCGGACCUCCUGCGGGGGCUCGAGGCGCUGAAGCUGGAGGCGGCCGAUGCCGAGUGGCACCGCGGCAGCGCGGAGUGGCGGCCGCGGCUGGAGGAGAGCGGCGACGCCCGGGCCAGGGCGCGCGACCUCCGCGUGUCCGAGGAGGGCCUGGAGGCCCAGGCCAGCCAGUUGGCGGCGGAGCUGCUGCGCGCCCAGGGCGAAGCCCGCGUGCGGGAGGACGCCGCCGCGGAGGCCUUCCGCGCGCAGCAGGAGCGACUCGCCACCUCCGAGGCGGCGUGCCGGCGGGCGGCGGCCAUGGCCGAGGCCGCGCUGGCCGAAGCAGAGGCCUCGGAGGCGGGCGUGGAGGCGGCGGCGGAGGAGGCCGAGGCGGCGGGCGAGGCGGAGAGGGCGGAGCAGGAGGCCUGCGAAAGGCUGCGGCGGGAGGCGCAGGAGCUGUCGGCGGCCCUGGAGGAACUCAGGCUGCGGCUGCCCCAGGAGCUGCGGCGGAGGGGCGACCAGUGGCGGGAGCACUUGGCACGCCUGGAGGCCCAGCGCGCCGCGGCGCAGCAGGCCGCCGCCGCGUCCCUCCGCGAGCAGAAUCGCCGCCUGGCCCUCGAGCUCCGUGACGCCUCCUCGGGGGGGGCCGCCGCCGCGGAAGCGCGCGCCACGCAGGUCGCGCGGCUGCUCGGUCGGAUCGCCGAGGCCGAGCGGCAGACGCAGGACGGCCUGCGCCUCCGGCAGCGCCUGGAGGAGCGGCGCGGGGAGCUGGCGCGCGCGGCGCGCGGCUGCGAGGAGGGGCUCCGCGCCGCCGAAGAGCACCUCGCCGAGGUGGCGGCCGCGGAGGCCGCCGACGAGCGCCGCGCCGAGGAGGAGGAGCGCGGGCUGACCAGGCGGCACGAGGCGGACGUGUCUCAGCUGCGGCAGCGCGUGGGCGAGGAGGCCUCGAGGCUGGAGGGCGCAGUGCGCAGCUCCAUCGGCAGCCUCUCGGCGGAGCUCGCCGCUGGCGGAGACGCCGCGCUGCGCGCCCACGCCGAGCUCAGCGGCUCGGGGGAGCGGCUGGCGGAGCGGGCGCGGGGCCGCCUCGGCCUGUGA